AGUCCGAGGCGGGAAACUGAACAAACACAUCCUGGGUUAAGCAUUAUUAAAACUAAGGGAACUUGUUUUAAACUAAUAAACACUUUAGAAACACGUUUUUUAGAUCAUGUUUCGCAAGAGAACGGCUUGGUUUUCAAACAGUGUCGAACGAAGGUGUCAGAAAUACUGGGUAUCUGAUGUGUGUAUCUACACAGUAUCUGAAGGUGGGCGCAUUGCGAGCUGGAGGACAGCAGAAUACCUCUUCAGUGAAGAUGCCUCAAACCCUGACACCCAGCGGAUCUUUGAGAGUAAGGACUACCAGCAGAAGAAGGUGACGGUGUUCCACAGCCUGUUCCUCUGUGCGUGUGAGAAGCGUGACAGCGCUGGCUCUGUGUGUAUCGGACACUAUGUACUGCCCCCCGUCUGUGUCCAGGACGAAGUCCGGAAUGUGGUUGGCAGACUGAUUUGGGAAAGGGAAGAUGAUCAGUUCGAACCCCAGGGUUCAUCAGUGAAACAGGUGGAGGAGGACUCCUGGACGACCACAGACUUGAACAGCAGCUGUGAACAUUUUGACUCAGAGACGCCCCCGACUGUAGUCAAAGUGUGCUGUGAAGUACAGGAGCUCUCCUUUAAUAAACCAGCAACAGGUUACAUCAGUAUAAACAAGCUGGCGAAAUACUCUGGGGACCUGUGUGAAAUCACACCGGACCACUGUGGCUGUUCAGUGCAUCAGUAAAUCCAACUGCCACACUAGUGUCUAUUUAUGUAUUGCAUGGUCCUUAUUCACCUAGCAGCCAUCUUGGUUUUAAGCACUAGUUGGGUGGGGGAACUGAAUACACAAUUCUUCAUUCAGCACCCCCACCAGCGAGUGCUUAUAGAACGAAGAUGGAAGCUAGCUGGAUAAUUCCAUAGUCAACCAUUUAGAACUAUUGAUUUGAAGAGGUUCUGUAUGAGACUAUUACUGAAUUAACAGGGCUGUCGGGUUUCUUUACCAUUUGUAUUUUUCAAACUGCAUAAGUUCAUACAGUUGGAUAUUAAAGAACAAAAAGAGGAUAAAAAAAAUAAAAACAGAUGUUACAUACCUUAAAGGAAACACGUUUAUUGAAAAACAAGACAAUAAAGAUCAUUUAUAAAAAAAACACCAAUUACACAUUCCAUAUGUAUAUCGUUGGGUAAUCUGAAUAUUUUAUAAAGCGAAAUUUUCAUCAUUCUCUUAAAUAAUUUGUGAUUCUAAUAAAACAAUUUGAAUUCCUUAAGCGUUCAUUUAAUUUGAAUCCUUCAGUUUUGAUCCACUUCUGGAUAUGAAACACAUACAUAGCUAUAGAGUUAUAUUUUUAUAAGUUAUUCAAGCUGCCCAAAUUAUAACCGUCAACCAAAAAGAUAGUGUCUAUAAAUUAUUUGAAUCUAGGCAAUAUAUUCUGCAUUGUAUGCUUUCACUUGGCUAACCAAUGGGUCUUUAGUUUUGACAUCUCACGUUUAAUUACUUUAAUAAAACGCCCAUGAUUGGCUG